GGCGUUUCGGUCGGACGCCCCAGGACAUACGUCACGGCUGGGAGUCCCCCCCGUAUCACUCGGCAGCCGGGGAGGGGGGCGUAGCCGACCUGACGUCACUGACUUUUAAAGGCUACUGGCAGCCACUGGCACCUAGUGAGCGAAACGUACAGCACCGUGUCCGCACUGUAUCACCACCGAGGGCAACCUACCUACCCACCUACCUACCUACCUACCUAAUCACCCUCCCUCCCUCCCACAGCCCGGCUCAUUGAUCCAUCCCCCCCCCCCCAGGGAUCCCACACUAAGGCAGUCGGCGAUGGGACAGUUGUUUGCUAAACUUAUGAGCAUUUUCGGCAAUCGGGGUGAGUACCAGCACUGCAUUUUUAUUUUAUUUUUUGGGGGGGGUGGGGGGGGAAGGAUUUUACUAAAAUCCUAAUUGUAGCGAGUUAGAAUUCGAAGGUGAAAAUGUACUCUAAAAUAGGAAAAACAAUAACAACCAAAAAAAAAAUCCAACUCCCCUAACAGUUUUAGCUAUUGUUAAAUCACUUUUUUUUCCCCUUCCUUAUUUUUUUUUUAUUUCAGUUUUAUAUCAUUCGGAUUUUAGUGAAUAAGUCCCCAUAGAAUGCCCCAGUGAUGCUGAGCUUCAUCCCUCCAGGUGUUUAGAAUUCUAGCCAAACAUCUGGAAUGGUAAUAGGUUAGCUAUAGCCAUCAUGGUGUAAGCUGUACUGUGUACAACAAGGGGGAGGGGGUGGGAAGGGGGGACUGGAUUUGUGACCAGACUGGAUAUUGUCUACCACAAUUCCUAAUCAGAGGGCUGGCUGUUUCCCCUAACUUGGGAUAUAUUGUAUAGUUGGUUAAUAGAAGUACUUUAUUUAUUUAUUUUUUUAAAUAAAAGUUAAUCUUUGAUCACAAUAAGUAUAUCUAGAUGUCCCUAUACUGCCCUGUGUGUGUGUUCAUGAUGAAAUUUAGUUUUUGUAUCACCUCCCCCCAUCCAAAUAGUUUUUGUUCAUUUUGUUUUCUCCUCUGAAUAGACCCCACUGCACCUCUAGACUGUGGUGGGUUUUUUUUGUUUGUUUUUUUUCAUGCACAGCUGGGCGUGAAUUGUAUUGAAACCCUGAUGGUUUUUGAACGAAUGGGGCUUAAGGAGAGAUUAUACCUUCCCUUGCAAAAAAAAAUGUUUGGGCUUUUAAGUUUGUUUUUUUUUGUUUUUUUUUUUAUGACCUCCUAAGCAAAAAAAGAAACGACUUUAUGGUGAUCCAUGCAUUUUACAAGCUAAAGAUUUACUUAUACACUUAGGGAUUUACUCACUAAACCAUUAAUUGAGCGAACUGUGGAGCUUACAAAAUAAGAGCAAGAUAAAAGAGAAAGUAAAAUUAAUGGAAAGAGUGGAGUGUUUGUAUUUACUGUAUAAGGUUCUAGAUUCAUUGUGUCCCUUUCUAUGGUAGAUAUUUAUUUACACGUGUAAACCUGUGAUAUACAAUCGUUUUUGUUAAUAUUAAUACGAGGGUGUUGUUGUUGUUUAGUCUACAGUUAUUUAUAGUGGAUCUGUAAUUCCAUGGCUUUUAUUAUUGUUUUUUUUUUUUUUAAGUUAAUCACAAGCAUAUUUAAUACAAAAAAAAAACUGGGUCUAGGGCAUUUUUUUUAUUUUUUUUUAAAUUUAUUUCAACUAUUAGGGCCUUCAAUUUGAAAAUGCUUUUUUUUAUUUUAGUGUAUAAUCUUCUUACUUGGGAACAGAACCCAUUUUUGCAUAUUUUGCUUGUUUAGUUUCAACCACUAGGCAAGUAUUUAGUGAUAAAACUAGUGUACAGGGAAAACUGUGAUCCCUUCUCAAAGGAGCUGACCCUAUUUAAAUGUAACAAUCCAUACAUUAAUUCAGUGCUGGGCGUCUGUAGAUUUCUCCCCUUUAGUCUCAGAUGGGCCCCCUAAGCAGUUGUUUGUAUUGUAGCGCCACCCAUGCCUUUAGCAGUUUUUUUUGUACUGUGGUCAGGUCUAUGCCUAGUUCUAGAUACAGACAUUUUUCUCAUUCCUUCUUCUCCACAUCUGUCUGACUGUACAAACAAGAGAGAGACUAGAAAGCCGAAGGGAAGUUAGCUAUGUUUGCUGGUAACCCUUUGUGGCAGGUCUCUGUGCUUUGUGCGGCUAAACUCUUGACAUGAGUUAUGACUCACAUUUGCAUUUAAAUCUGCAGAAGAAUAUAGUAGUGGUUUUUUUUUUUUUUUUUUAAUUUUUUGUGGGGGGGUCUUACAGUAUUUGUCUUUGGAACAACGUAGAACUAAACCAAACCAGAAAAGCCUAUGUUUUUUUUUUAAGAUUAAGAUCUUCACCUCUUCCCAAAGAAAGCAUGCUUAGUUGAGCAUGCACCAGUUGUGUGUUGGUGGAAGAAUACUGAAUGUUGUGUUUAUUUUAAUGUCUUCGUUUGACCAUCUCUUUUGAGCAGAUGAACCUUACACAUUUUAUUGUAUUACCCUAAUAAAUAACGUAUCAUAAACUAGAAAUCAUGUUUGUUUGUUUUUUUGUUCGUUUGUUUUUUUUCUAUGAAUAUACAGGACCUUAGUAAAUAUUAGUGUGAAUUUUCCGUGAUGUAGACAUUUAGCUGUGUUUGCUCCCAUGCUUAAAUAGGUAGGUUGGAUUGUGAUCCUCAUGUGUAUUAGCCAGUCACAACAAGUGCCUAAGGCACUAUUGUGGCAAACUUGGUCUAGUGUCAUCAGCGACUAUGCAUUAUACUACGAAUGGUUUAGAUUUUCAAUGUCAAAGUGGCACUUGUUGUCUUAGGGGUGCACGAUGAGGUCUUGUAGAAUUUGUGAAUUUUGUUGUGAUAUUUAAUUAGCUUCCUAAUUUUUCUGGAACUUAAACCCAAGAUGGAUCUGUCAGUAGCUACCUGUAGCAGUUUGUGUAUAAAAAUUUUUUAUUUUUUUUCUUUCGAUUUGUAAAACUUUUUUUUUUUAGAGCAUUUGCCUGCUUGUGCCUACUUCUUACAAACCAAUUCACACCCUUCCCCUUUCCUGUUCUGUUUGUACUACUCUGCAGCCUGUGCUUGAGAUUAUGCUGAUUAACGGCCUUUCUUUAUUACAGAGCAUAAGGUGAUCAUUGUAGGAUUGGACAAUGCCGGGAAGACCACCAUCCUGUACCAAUUGUAAGUAUUUUACUUUCACACCCAACCCCCAGCAGAUGGCCAGGGUUACAAGGAGGGGGGGGGGAAGCAAACACUUGAUGUUAAAAGGACAAAGAAGCUGUUUAACAUAUGGCCAUUACAGGAUGGAUGUAUAGAAGAUAUUGAUUGAAAGCGUGUGUGAAACAAAUAAAUUGGGGAAAAUUGCUGUGAUUAGAACUUGUCAUAUACAAGGUAGUGUUAUUGUGCAGCUAAAAAACUUUAUAUGGUAUUUAUGUGCUGUAAACGGAUAUUCAAUGUGGCUGUUACUACCUGUAUUUUGGAGUUCAUGGCAUGACUGAAUAUUGAGAAUUCCUAAAAUGUCAAUAGUGGCUUAUAAUUUUGUUUAUUUUGAACCAUGCUAGUACAAACUAAAAUAUAUAGGUAAAAAAAUCAUGGGACUUUCCUGCAAUCAUUUUAGAUUUCUUGUUAAAGGUAUACACUAGGGAAAAAUCCCCAACUGACCAAUUUUGUUGCAAAACCGUAUUAAGAUUGGCUGAAAUAAUCCCCAAUCAGAAUAGAGCUAUAAUUACAAUCCUGGUCACUGGCCAGAAAGGGGCAAAUAUAGGAUAAAUAAUUUGGCAAUAUGUCCUGCAAAUGUCUCUGUCUACUCUUACAUUUUUGUACAUUGAACUUUUGAUGGAUCAGUGAUGUAUCUUUAACUAAUUAGGGCUCAGUUUGACAAUGUAGAUAGCCUUAUAGAUAAAGGAAACAUACAAAGAGAAACUUAUAUAUACAGUUGUUUUUAUACUAUAAGUUUACGCUAUGAAACUAUAAUCGUUCCUUCAGGCUAUUCAAGGUUAUUUGGCAAUUACCCAUCUUGAUUCUAUUUAGAAUUCCAGACUGUGUAAACUGUUAACUUGGUGGGGUUUUGGCAAGCUUAUUAUCAAUUUAAAAUAAGUAUGACUUAACGUGAAUAUUAUGUAUGUAACGAGGAGUUUAUGAACUAUUCAAAAUGUCACAAAAUGAAAAUAUAAUCGUUGCACACAGAGGACACUGACAAACUUUUACACACAGACAGUGACACAUACUCACUGACAGGCACUCACUUAUUUGACACACACACAUUCACUGACAGUCACACACUGAUAUGACAGACAUUGACUGCCACCUACACAUUCUUACACACUCACAAAUUUAUUAUUUUAUUUAAGCCCACCAGGUGUCUCUACCUUUGGGAGAAAUAGAUUGGUUUUGAAAUGAAGUGUAUGUAAAACAAUGAGAAACGUAUUUCUAACUUUUUAGUAUAUGACUGGACUAUGUAGCCAUUUCAAGCACUGUCUGAACUAAGUCACAUGUAUAUUGUUGAAGAAUCCUUACUAUGGGGGUAGGAAUGAGUUAUCUCUCUUUCUCUUUCUCUUUCUCUUUCUCUUUCUCUUUCUCUUUCUCUUUCUCUUUCUCUUUCUCUUUCUCUUUCUCUUUCUCUUUCUCUUUCUCUUUCUCUUUCUCUUUCUCUUUCUCUUUCUCUUUCUCUUUCUCUUUCUUUUUCUCUUUCUCUUUCUCUUUCUCUUUCUCUUUCAUACUUCAUGCAAGGUUUAUAUUAAAGAUAGUUUCGAGACGACCGUUGUCCUUUCUCACAUACUCUGUGUUUAAAUGCAAAGAUAUGUUUUGUAAACCAGCAGUUGCUGUUUCACUGACUAUAUCGUCUUUCAUCCUUCAGUUUAAUGAAUGAGGUGGUCCAUACUGCCCCAACCAUUGGCAGCAAUGUGGAGGAGAUUGUAAUAAGGAACACACAGUUCCUGAUGUGGGACAUUGGUGGACAAGAAACUCUCAGGGCAACGUGGAACAGUUACUACUCAAACACCGAGGUGGGUACCACCAGUCUUCUUGUUUUCCUUGCACUACGAAGACAUCUCUUAACUUAAAGUUAACCUGUUAAGAAAUAUUCAACUUGCCUUAAGUUACCCCCCAAAACAUCAUAUAUUACAAAGAUACAUGAUGUUUUCUGUGUAAAAUAUUGACAUAUACUUCCCCUCCUUUUCCAUUCCACCAUCUUCCUGAGCUUUGUGGGUGUUAACUCUUCCCCUGCUAUGUUUCUUCUCUGCCCAAGUGUUUUCAUAAAGGAAGCCUGACCCUUCUUUUUAGUUCAAUAUGGAACUUUAGGUAAUUUUUUUUUUUUUGGGAAUUCUAGACCAAAAAACUUCAUCUUCUGUUCCAGAUAUUUCUGCCCAUUCUGUUUUAUAGUAAGACUCCCUCAUGGCAUAUUUCUACACACACAGCAUUUGUUUACUCAAAAUGAGUAAGGCUGAAGCUUGCGACUGCUGAUCCCACUACAAAGACCUAGAUUGUUAUCUCGAUACAAUGCCAAACUGCCUGUUGGUGGGAUAAAUAUGCCUAAGACCCCAAAAUGCAUUUAUUUUUUUAAAAAGGUAACUUACUAAGAAAUAUUUUGCUCUAAGCACAAACCGCACUGACUGCCUUGAUGGUCUUUUUCAGUUUGUUAUUCUGGUGAUUGACAGCACAGAUCGAGAGAGACUACCAGAAACUCGGGAAGAGUUGUACAAAAUGUUGGCACAUGAGGUGAGUCGCUUUUUCUUUGUUAGUCUUCAUAGCUAACUAUACACUAAUGUGAUAAAUUAAUAACUCCUUUUCUUCCUGGGCAUAGGAGCUUCGAGAUGCAGCAGUACUUGUCUUCGCCAAUAAACAGGAUGUGAAAAACUCGAUGACUGCUUCAGAGAUUUCAUCUAUGUUGGCACUUGGCGCCAUUAAAGACAGAGCCUGGCAUAUUCAGGGCUGUUGCGCACUUACAGGAGAAGGGUGAGUUGUUGUUGUUUUUUGUUUGUGUUUUUUUUCAGAAUUGCCACAUUACAAACACAUUUCUGUACUUUUCAAUAUCUAGACAUUUUGUAUUGCCCUUUGCGAUUUUUUUUUUUUUUUUAUUAUAUGCAAAAUCUGUUUGUUUAUUGUAUCUGUAAAUCAAUAGUUGGCUUGAUGAAUAUUUGAAUUAUACAUGAUAUAUAAGUUAAUGACAGAUCUAAAUCUGAAAUCGAAUGAUUGUAAACAAAUAUAUACAACACCAUAUUUACGCUAAUACCUGGAAGUGUGUGUAUGCAAGUCUCUAAGCAAUGUCUGAUACUUUAGAAUUGUGAUACUGAUUUAUUUUAAUCGCUUUUCUUUUAUUCAGAUUACCAGCUGGAUUGGACUGGUUGAAAUCUCGUGUCACUGCUAACUGACAAUAGUGCAAGUUUUGUAUUUAUUUUGUGCGCGAAGCACUUUUUUUGUACAUUUGAUAUUUUAAUUUUGUAUUUAUAAAUAUAUAUUUGGGGUUUUUUUUAUAAAAAAAUGCAAAACAAAAAAAAACAACUUUUUGAUAUGGACGAUUUUUAUUAUUAUUUUUUUUUACUUUUUUUAUUUGAGUGGAAUUUUCAGACCUUGGUGAAGCUCUUUGGUUACUACACUGUAAAAAUACCUGGACACGCUCGGUUUAAUGCUUCCCAAGUUCAUAUCCACAACUUUGAUGGAGAGACGUUACAUUUCUGAUUCAUGCAACAUUGAAAUCAUCCAAAUCAUUUUGUGGAAAUACAAGGUUCCAGCUGUAGAAAGCAAUUGAAGACCUUAUGUAGAUCCUGCAACUCCAGCCAGCCAAAACCAAUCGAGAUUCACUUUUUGGUCACUUGUGACACUGAUCUCAGUCCCUGGAUACCAAGAAGUCAUUUUUGCACCUGUAACUGUAUUAAGUUUUAACUCAUGUAGGUGUAACUAUAUGAAAUGUGGAUACUCUCAUAUUUGCUCACAUCUGUUUUUUUUUUUGUUUUUGUUUUGUUUUUUUCCCCUAACCAUCCCUACCUCAAUCUCACACACCCUUCCUUCUUGUAAACGUAUGAUUUGCAAUCUUUUGUGGGAUAGAUAAAGUUUGCAAACGUGGUUUUUUUUUUUUAACUAAUACAAUAAAUAGAAGGGUUGUUUUUAUAUUUGUUUUAAAAUGUAUAGUGAGUGAUAAUGUAAAUAUUUUACACUUUUUUUUUUUAUUUUUAUAUUCCAUUUAUUGACGACCUGUGACAAAUUGUGAAGCUGAGCAAUGUUUGCAUGUCAGGAAUGUGAUUCAGAAAUACUGAAGAGUGUGUGUGUGUGUGUAUGUGUAUAUAUAAUUUCAUCCCUGAAAAAUUUUGUAUUUAUGAAUUUAAAACAACAAAUUAUGCUUCUAUCAAACCUGUCCAGUCUUCAAUAAUGUAAUCCUUACAGACAUGACUGUGCAAUCCAAAUAUUUAGAUACAACAACUUGCUACAUGUCUUCAAGAAUAAAGAUACUCUAAUGCAGGGGUGCGCAAAAGGUAGCACCCUAGAUGUUUUAAAACUGCUUCUUACAAGAUGCUGUGUCAUUCUAAAGACAUGCAAAGCAUCAUGGUAGUUGUAGUUCUACAACAUCUGGAGGAUCUACCUUUUGGGCACCCCUGCUCUAAUUCACUGCAAAUAUACGGCAUCUAAGGGGAGACUGGGUUCAUAAUCGUGGUGGUAACAAAAUGCCAAAACAGCAUAGCUGGAGGCUGAAUUUACUGUUUAAUGAAUAAACCCGUGUAGUAUUAAGUUGUGACUCAUUACAAAUCUUGAAGUUAAAGGCGUAAAAAAAAAAUAUAUAUAUAUAUAUAUAUAUAUUUUUUUUUUUUUUUUUAUUAUUAUUUUUUUAAACAAAUCAUUAAUUUGCAUAUUACUGUUCUUUUUCACAUGUGAUGGUUUCAACCCCCCCCCACCCCCCUUUUCUUUCAAAGGAGCAAACUUAUUCAUGAGCAGAAUCUCGCUGUCUUUAAAUGGAGAUUUGGUAAACUUUGCAAGAGACCUUUCAUUGGUGCUAGAGUGUGAGGAGGGGCAAGGGAAUGACUUUGUGUUUUAUAGUAUUAAGCCUUUCUGUGUCUGCCUGUGCUGGGAAUGUCUGCACUAUAGGUAUGAGUAAGGUGUCAUUAAAUAUUGUUUGUUUUUUAUAUUUGUGUGCUGUGAUAUAUAUUUUUUUUUUUUUUUUU